CUCCAUGCCCAUUUUAGCAAACAGCCAAGACAGUCAGCAGGGGUAACGGGCCGUAUUUAUAUAAGCGACUUAAUUGUUCUUGUAGGAGGUGGUUAGACUAGAAAAUAAUAGAAAAAUGUCGUCGUCGGUGAAUUAAAGAGUUGGCGGGUGUUUUGAACGCGGAGGAAAUAAGGUGAAGGUGUUUGGAUGUUUGGAUGUCGUCAUGGACGCUUUGGAGAAGAAGUUGACAAGUUUGUCCAUCGCUCGGCGAUGUCGUCCCGAGAAGCCUACCUACCUGCUCGGCAUGGCCCUUCAGCCACAAGGCGGGUUGGCGGUUUCGUGCUCCAACAUGGCCGUCCACGUACACAACAAGGACACGCUGAAGCUGCAGGGCGAGUACCGUGGUCACAGUGGACCUUUGUGCGGUCUCACCUUCGCUCACACCUCCCCGCACCUUGUCUACUCGGCUUCCGCGGACGGGACGGUGCGGGCGUGGGACGCUCGCCGCCCCGGGACAGACGCCGCCCAGCUGUUUCGAGGCGACUCGUCCCACAGCUUCUGCAGCUUCGACCUGAGCUGCGGCGACUUGCUGCUGUGCGCCGGCACGGAGCAGGUGAACAAGGAGGACAGCUUCCUGGUGUUCUGGGACGCCAGGAAGCCCGGUGCGUCCCUCCUGGGGGUGUACUCCGAGUCACACAGCGAUGACAUCACGCAGGUGCGCUUCCACCCCGGCGACAAGGACCGCAUGGCUUCCUGCUCCACCGACGGUCUCGUCAACGUGUUUGACCUGAGCCGGGCGACGGAGGACGAGGCGCUGCUGGCGACUUGUAACAGCGACUCCUCCGCCAGCGCCGUGUGCUGGUGCGCCGAUGACUACAGCCGCCUGCUGUGUCUGGGCCACGAUGAGGGUCUGCACCUGUGGGACCUGAGACAGCUGGACACCGAGGAACCCCUCACCGUCUUCAGCUGCCGGGACGCACGCAGCCUGGUGCCCGCGGCCCCCGGGGGCGGCCUGGAUUACUUGGUGGGAGGGGCGUGGCUGGAGGACGCCCACAAGCUGCUGGUGGUCGGUGGCGACAACGGCGGCGACCUUCACUUGAUGGAGUGCGAUGGCGACGGGCUCCGUCUGCUCACGAGCCUCGACGGCGGACACGCCUCCACCGUGCGCUGCUUCCUGUGGGACGCGUCCGGAGGUGCGCUGGUCACCGGGGGAGAGGACGCUCAGCUGUUGCAGUGGAAGCCGGGAGGGGAGGAGCUAACGGCGGGGAAAAAGGAGUCCAUGAAAAGUGCUUCGGCUCUGAAAGUGAAAACCAGACCUCAUAGAAAACAUUUAUAUAAGGUUUAAAGUACAUUUAUAUAAGGUUUAAAGUACAUUUAUAUAAGAUUUAAAGUACAUUUUAUAAGAUUUAAAGUACAUUUGAAUUGUGAAAGUGGCUUUUAAAGACACGGCUGUGGUCGAUGUCACGUUGCUUUGCUUUGCUGCAUCAGCGCUGACGUUUCUUCCAUUGUUGAAAUAUUUAGUUUUGCUAACAAAAUGAAGGCCAGUGGAUCCCUGUUGUUAUUAUUAUUAUUAUUAUUAUUAUUCCCUCCACGCCUCACUUUAAUUUGACUACUUUUGGUGCUCGGGUUUUCAGCUGCUCAGCCCCGAGACUUUGGAAUAUUCCCUGGAAUACUGGAAUACCACGACACAUCCGUUUACUGGACUCUGUUGACACCUUCAAACUCACCUGUUUGAAACCGUUUACCCCUCCUGACCUUUGUUUUGCUUGUCUUUUACUUGCUUUAUUACAGGGAUGGGCAAACUAUGGCCCGGGGGCCACAUGCGGCCCACCACGCGUUUGAAUCCGGCCCGCCAACUGGCAACAUGACUUGCAAGUCAGAUGUCUUAUUUAGUUAAAAAAAAACAAAAAGUUAAAGUGCUCCUGAAAAAAGUAAUUCAAGGUGUGUUAAAUAUAUAUUUCAGACCCCCAGACAAUUUUGUUAACUCAAUGCGACCCACGAGUCCAAAUAUUUGCCCACCCCUGCUUUACUAUUUUAUCUGAUAUUGUGUUCUGUGUCUAUUUCUGCGUGUACGGUGACCUUGGGUGUUUUGAAGGGCGCCAACAAAUAAAAUGUAUAUUAUUAUUAUUA